AUGAUGGGAACGAUCAAGUACAUCACAAUCAUCGGCUUCAUGUGGCACUCCUACACCAACGCAAUUCAGAUGAGGGUGGGUGCCAUGGUCGUCUAUGCUGGGCUUCUGCAUGAUCACAUCUUCCACAUGUUCGGUGCUAGAGUGGCUGAUCUUGUCGAAGGGUUACGUUUUCCUCUUCUCAUGGAUUUUGACCAUUGUUUUAGAGGGAUUCGGAUAAUGGUUCUGGUAGUUAGUACAUUCAUAUUCUUUGGCAUCCUCAAGCUGUUGGCUGGAUCUAUUGCAAUUGUUGUGAUUUAA